GUUGUUAUGCGAGACUGUGUCCCGAGUAAAUAUUGGCUUUUUGGUGUAAACUUUGCGCGUCCAUGUUGACAGGGAACCAUCUGACUUCAUUCACUGUAAGUAUUGAUUUUUUUAAAGAAUUAUUUUACUGCGAAGUUCGGUUUUAAACCAGUCUGAAUUUCAUAUGAAAUAUGUCUGACAUACGAGCGUUCUUUAAAGGGGGCACGAGCGAUGUUCAACCAUCCGAAAUGGAAAGCACGCAAGCAUUAGAAAAAGGAAAAAACAAAUUUGUCUUCAUUUAUUUAUUUUGUGUUCCUCAUAAAUAAAGUAAGUUAACAUUUCUUCUGUGAUCAGCUGGCAUGAAUAACUAAGUAAGCAGCAUUUUAGCAGUGAUAUAGGAAACAUUGCUAGUCAUAUCAGUCCUUUGCAAUCUUUCUUUCACACAUAUUUGAAGGACAAGUGCAUGUGUUUGCAGGACGAGUGAAAAUUUUAAUGCACUUGUCCUGCAGGACGAGUGCAAUUUAUAAAUAUUUUUGUCCCCUGUAUAUAUGUGGCGCGUUUCUGAAAAAGGCCCCGUGUACAUUAUCUGAAUAGGAAAAGAACGAACUUUAAGAACAUUUUAAAAACUCAAUUUAUUUUUGUCACAUUCAUAUGGCCUUUUUUUCUAAACCAUGUCACGUAAACAUAAUAGCAAAACCUUCUGUUAUCCAAGCCAAUAUAUAUUUUCUAUAGAUUUCAGCAAGACCCACCAAUGGAUAAUAGACAUACAAGACCCCACUGUUGACAUUAUAUGUUUACAGUCAUUAAGGCAACUGUUGAAGACACCCACAGUCUAGAAUCUAUACAGGAGUCAGAGCCUCUCAUGAUACAACAUGCCAGUGUUGACUGUGCUGAUCAUAUGCAAUCUACAGGUUUCACUUUGGUUCUUUCAGAGUCCAUGUCAACUGCUGACAGUGAAGAGCCAGGCAGUCUGACCCAUGAUAGGAAGGAGCCAAGUGAAGAGCCAGCCAGUCUGACCCACGAUAGGAGGGAGCCAAGUGAAGAGCCAGCCAGUCUGACCCAUGAGUCCAUGUCAACUGCUGACAGUGAAGAGCCAGGCAGUCUGACCAAUGAUAGGAGGGAGCCAAGUGAAGAGCCAGCCAGUCUGACCCAUGAUAGGAGGGAGCCAAGUGAAGAGCCAGCCAGUCUGACCCAUGAGUCCAUGUCAACUGCUGACAGUGAAGAGCCAGGCAGUCUGACCAAUGAUAGGAGGGAGCCAAGUGAAGAGCCAGCCAGUCUGACCCAUGAUAGGAGGGAGCCAAGUGAAGAGCCAGCCAGUCUGACCCAUGAGUCCAUGUCAACUGCUGACAGUGAAGGGCCAGCCAGUCUGACCCAUGAUGAAAUGAGGCAGCCAAAUCCUCAAGGGACAGGGACAAGAAAAGGAAUGAAACGAAAGUGGGCCAGCGAAGAGAACAUAUGUUUCAUGAACUUUUUUAGAGAUGAAUUAAGAGAAAAAAAAAUGCCAUCUGGCUCAAAAAUAAUGGGGUCCCUAAAAAUACUUACCGGAAGAACAGUGGCCCAGAUAAGGGCAAGGGUCCAUAACAUUAUUAUGGAAAAACAAAAAUGGAAAAAGAAUUGUUGAAUUGUGGAAUAUGUUUAUGCCCCUGGUAGGGUGGCAUAUAGCAGUUGAACUGUCCGUCAGUCAGUCAGUCUGUCCAUCUGGCCGAAAACUUAAAUGGCCAUAACUUUUUCAAUAUUGAACAUAGCAACUUGAUAUUUAUACCCCUAUUACAAUUGGUAAUGGGGGCUAUAUAGGAGUCACGUUUGUCGGUCUGUCCCGAUAUUUCAUCCGAUCUUCACCAAACUUGGUCAGUAGUUGUAUGUAGAUAAUGUCUAGGUCAAGUUUGAAUAUGGGUCAUGCCAGGUCAAAAACUAGGUCAUGGGGUCACUUAGUAUGUUUUAAACUGUAAGUUUGUACGGACCAUAGCUAUGUUAUUUAUCGUUACAUUUUUAAAUGACUCGGUACAUUUGUUCACCAUCAUGGAACGGUGUGUCGUGUUAAAAAAAAUUACGUCAAUAUCUCAAAGGUCAAGGUCACACUUGGGAGUUCAAAGGUCAAAUGCUUGGCCGGGCCAUAGCUUUGUUUUUUAUUGUGAGAUUUUAAAAUCAUUUGGCACAUUUGUUCACCAUCAUUGAACAGUGUGUCGGGCGAAAGAAUUACGUCGAUAUUUCCAAGAACAAGGGCACAAUUUGAGUUUAAAGGUAAAAAAUGGCCAUAAUUGAGCUUGUCUGGGCAAUAACUAUGUUGUUUAUUGUGCGAUUUUAAAAUCGUUGGCUCUUUUGUUCACCAUCAUUUGACAGUGUGUCGCGCGAAAGAAUUACGUCGAUAUCUUCAAACUCAAGUUCGUAGUUUUAGUUCAAAGGUCAAAAAUGGCAAUAAAUUAUCUUGUCUGGGCCAUAAAUAUGUCAUUCAUUGUAAGAUUUUAAAAUGACUCUGUACAUCAAUUUUGUUCAAAGUCAUUGGAAGGCUUGUCAUGUGAAACAAUUCAAGAGUUCAAAGGUCAAAAUGGCUAUAAAUGAUAAUGGCAUAAUGAUUCUUAAAAAAUCGCCAUAAAUUGUAUUAUCUUGUUUUGUGAAGACAGCAUACAAAAUAGUCUGUGUCAAUGCGUUAUGUGGGGGUAUAUGUCACGUCUGUGACAAAGCUCCAGUUGGCAUGCAUGUGCAUCUUGUGAAGCUGCACAUAUUGAGUGGUGAAAAGUGAAGGUCAAGGUAAUCCUUCAAGGUUAAAUGUUAAAUAUAUUGCUUCUGUCCGUCCGUCUGAAAACUUUAAAAUUGGCCAUAACUUUUGAGCUCACUUGAGUGCAACAUGCUCAUGGUGAGCUUUUGUGAUUGCCUUUUGUCCGUUGUGCGUUGUAUGUCGUCAACAUUUUGCCUUGUGAACACUCUAGAUGCCACAUUUAUUGUCUGAUCUUCAUGAAAUUUUGCAGAACAUUUGUCACAUUGAUACCUCGACUGAGUUCGAAACUGGGUCAUGCUGGGUCAAAAAUUAGGUCACUAGGUCAAAAAAACAACAAAAAAACUUGUGAACACUGUAGAAGUCCAAUCUUCAUGUAACUUUGUCAAAAUGUUUGUCUAAGUGAUAUUAUGGUUGCGUUAAAAAUUGGUUCUGGUCCGUUGAAAAACAUGGCCGCCAGGGGCGGGGCAGUUUUCCUUAUAUGGCUAUAGAGAAACCUUGUGAACACUUUAGAAGUCAAAAUGUUUGCCUAAUCAUCAUGAAACUUGGUCAAAACAUUGGUUUUAUUUAUAUUUUGGACGAGUUCGAAAAUGGUCCAGAUCAGUGAAAAAACAUGGCCGCCAAGGGGCCGGGGAGUUUUCCUUAUGUCUUUAGUUAAACAUUGCUAACACUCUAGAGGCCACAUUUAUUGUCCAUUCUUCAUGAAAUUUGGUCAGAAGUUUGGUCUCAAUGAUAUCUUAGACGAGCUGAAAAUGGUUACGUUUGCUUGAAAAACAUGGCUGCCAAAGGGCGGGGCAUUUUUCCUUAUAUGGCUAUAUAUGGCUAUAGUAAAACGUUGUGAACACUCUAGAGGCCACAUUUAUUGUCCAAUCUUCAUGAAAUUUGGUCAGAAUAUUUGUCUCAUUAAUAUCUUGGAUGGGUUUGAAAAUGGUUAUGUUUGCUUGAAAAACAUGGCUGCCAAGGGGCGGGGCAUUUUUCCUUAUAAAAAUGGCUAUUGUAAAAUCUUGUUAACACUCUUGAGGCCACAUUUAUUUUCCGAUCUUCAUGAAACUUGGUCAGAAUAUUCAUCCCAAAAAAUAUCGUAGACAAGUUAAAAAAUGAUGCUGGUUGGUUGAAAAACAUGUCCGCCAGGGGGUGGGGCAUUUUACCUUAUAUGGCUAUAGUAAAACUUUGUUAACACUCUAUAGGCCACAUUUAUUUUCUUAUCUUCAUGAAACUUGGUCAGAAGAUUUGUCCUAAUGAUAUCUUGGAUUAGUUCAAAAAUAGUUUUGUUUGCUUAAAAAACAUGGCCACCAGGGGGCGGGGCAUUUUUCCUAAUAUGGUUAUGUAUCAUGCUUUACUAAAACAUUGUUAACACUCUGUAGGCCACAUUUUUUUUCCGAUUAUUAUGAAACUUGGUCAGAUGAUUUGUCCAAAUGAUAUCUAGGAUGAGUUCAAAAAUGGUUCUAGUUGGUGAAAAAACAUGGCCACUAAGGGGCGUGGCAUUUUUCCUUAUAUGGCUAAAGUAAAACCCUGUUAAAACUCUAGAAGCCAUAUUUAUUGUACGAUCAUCAUGACACUUUGUCAGAAGAUUUGUCCCAAUGAUAUUUGGACAAGUUUGAAAUUGGUUCCAGUUGCUAAGAAAAACAUGGCCACCAGUGGGCGGGGCAUUUUUCCUUAUAUGGACUUAUGAAUCUUCUUGAAACUUUGUCAGUAUAUUAGUUUAAAUGAUAUCUUGGAUGUGUAUUUCACGUUGACAUUUGAAGCUUUAACUUUGUAUGAUUCUAAAUAUGUGUCAAUGCUGUCAGUUGAAUUUUGCAAUAUGAAGUUUUACAUUUUUUGUAGAUUAAAUAAUUUGUAAAAUGUUGCAGUUUUGUCAAUCAGUUUUAUAAGAUAUUGAGCUUUAAAUAUGAUGCAGAUUGUAAGAUUCUUAAUAUCUUUCAAUAUUGUGGAUAAGUUUUUGAGAUAUCAAGCUUUGAGUUUUAUGCAAAUUGUAUGAUUUUAAAAUGUUUCAAUGGUGUUGAUCAGUGUAAUGAAGAUUGCAUAAUUUUUAUGCUUUAAUUCUGUCUAUUGGUUUUCAAAAUGAAAGACUUUGAUUUUGUAAGUGCACUUUUAUCUCCUGAAAGAUUCUUUUCUAGUGUUUAGUUUAUAUUUUAAGGCUGUUUGCAAACUCGAAGUGAAAACAGUUCUAUUACAAUUUGGUAAGGACAUGACAUUGCAUAUCUGAUUUUAAAAUGUACUUUGCUGGCAACGUGUAAUUUUCUGAAAUGUCUUAGUAAGACUGUUGUUUGCAAUCAAAAGGUCUGUGCUUCAAAUACAGGGUAAUGCAUGUUUUUUGUCCAAAUUUAUGGCGAUUCAGACAUUGUUCUAUGUAAAUUUGGGGUUUGCUUGAAGGUUCAGUCUAUUUUUAUGUCCCUCACUAUAGUAGUGGGGGACAUAUUGUUUUUGUCCUGUCUGUUGGUUGGUUGGUUGGUUGAUCUGUUUACGCCAACUUUAACAUUUGCAAUAACUUUUGCAAUAUUGAAGAUAGCAACUUGAUAUUUGGCAUGCAUAUGUAUCUCAUAGAGCUGCACAUUUUAAUUUUCUGAAAGGUCAAGGUCAGAGGUCAAAUAUAUGUGGCCAAAAUCGCUCAUUUUAUGAAUGCUUUUGCAAUAUUGAAGAUAGCAACUUCAUAUUUGGCAAGCAUGUGUAUCUCAUGGAGCUGCACAUUUUGAGUGGUGAAAGGUCAAGGUCAUAAUUCAAUGUCAUAGGUCGAAUAUAUGGCUUCAAAGCGGCGCAGUAAGGGGGAUUGUGUUUUACGAACACAGCUCUUGUUGUUAACUGCCUUUUUAGUCCCUUACCAGUGUUUCACUAAAGUCCGUGUACUUUGGACUCAUUUCAAGUUGACAUUUGAAGCUUUAACUUUGUAUGAUUCUAAAUAUGUGUCAAUGCUGUCGGUUGAAUUUUGAAAUAUGAAGUUUUUCAUUUUUUGUAGAUUAAAUAAUUUGUAAAAUGUUGCAGUUUAGUCAAUCAGUUUUAUAAGAUAUUGAGCUUUAGUUAUGAUGCAGAUUGUAAGAUUCUUAAUAUCUUUCAAUAUUGUGGAUAAGUUUUUGAGAUAUCAAGCUUUGAAUUUUAUGCAAAUUGUAUGAUUUAAAAUGUUUUAAUUUGUUGAUCAGUGUACUGAAGAUUGUAUACUUUUUAUAUGUUAUAAUUCUGUCUAUUGGUUUUCAAAAUGAAAGACUUUGAUUUUGUAAGUGCACUUUUAUCUCAUUAUGCCCCCCUUCGAAGAAGAGGGGGUAUAUUGCUUUGCUCAUGUCGGUCGGUCUGUCGGUAUGUCAGUCUGUCGGUCCGUCCACCAGGUGGUUGUCAGACGAUAACUCAAGAACGCUUGGGCCUAGGAUCAUGAAACUUCAUAGGUACAUUGAUCAUGACUCGCAGAUGACCCCUAUUGAUUUUGAGGUCACUAGGUCAAAGGUCAAGGUCACGGUGACCCAAAAUAGUAAAAUGGUUUUUGAAUGAUAACUCAAGAAAGCAUACGCCUAGGAUCAUGAAACUUCAUGGGUAGAUUGAUCAUGACUCGCAGAUGACCCCUAUUGAUUUUGAGGUCAAAGGUCAAGGUCACGGUGACCCAAAAUAGUAAAAUGGUUUCCGGAUGAUAACUCAAAAAUUCAUACGCCUAGGAUCAUGAAACUUCAUGGCUAGAUUGAUUAUGACUCGCAGAUGACCCCUAUUGAUUUUGAGGUCACUAGGUCAAAGGUCAAGGUCACGGUGACCCGAAAUAGUAAAAUGGUUUUCGGAUGAUAACUCAAGAACGCAUAUGCCUAGGAUCAUGAAACUUCACAGGUAGAUUGAUCAUUGCUCACAAAUGACCCUUAUUGAUUUUAAGGUCACAAGGUCAAGGUCACGGUGACCCGAAAUAGUAAAAUGAUUUUCGGAUGAUAACUCAAGAACGCUUUUGCCUAGGAUCAUGACACUUCAUAGGUACAUUGAUCGUGACUCACAGAUGACCCCUAUUGAUUUUCAGGUCACUAGGUCAAAGGUCAAGGUCACAGUGACAAAAAACGUAUUCACACAAUGGCUGCCACUACAACGGACAGCCCAUAUGGGGGGCAUGCAUGUUUUACAAACAGCCCUUGUUAAAGAUUCUUUUCUAGUGUUUAGUUUAUAUUUUAAGGCUGUUUGCAAACUCGAAGUGAAAACAGCUCUAGUACAAUUUGGUAAGGACAUGACAUUGCAUAUCUGAUUUAAAAAUGUACUUUGCUGGCAACGUGUAAUUUUCAGAAAUGUCUUAGUAAGUAAGACUGUUGUUUGCAAUCAAAAGGUAUGUGCUUCAAAUCCAGGAAAAUGCAUGUUUUUUGUCCAAAUUUAUGUCAAUUCAGACAUUGUUCUGUGUAAAUAUGGGGUUUGCUUGUAGGAUCAGUCUAUUUUUAUGUCCCCCACUAUAGUAGUGGGGGACAUGUUGUUUUUGCUCUGUCGGUCUGUUGAUUGGUUGGUUGGUCUGUUUAUGCCAACUUUAACAUUUUGCAAUAACUUGCAAUAUUGAAAGUAGCAACUUGAUAUUUGGCAUGCAAAUGCAUCUCCUGAAGCUGCACAUUAUCAUUGGUGAAAGGUCAAGGUCAUCCUUCAAGGUCAGAGGUCAAAUAUAUGUGCCCUUAAUCGCUCAUUUUAUGAAUACUUUUGCAAUAUUGAAGAUAGCAACUUGAUAUUUUGCAAGCAUGUGUAUCUCAUUGAGCUGCACAUUUUGAGUGUUGAAAGGUCAAGGUCAUCCUUCAAGGUCAGAGGUCAAAUAUAUGUGGUCCAAAUCGCUUAUUUUAUUAAUACUUUUGCAAUAUUGAAGAUAGCAACUUGAAAUUUGGCAUGCAUGUGUAUCUCAUGGAGCUGCAAAUUUUGAGUGUUGAAAGGUCAAAGUCAUCCUUCAAGGUCAGAGGUUAAAUAUAUGUGGCCCAAAUCGCUUAUUUUAUGAAUACGUUUGCACUAUUGAAGAUAGCAACUUGAUAUUUGGCAUGCAUAUGUAUCUCAUAGAGCUGCACAUUUUGAGUGGUGAAAGGUCAAGGUCAUCCUUCAAGGUCAAAUAUAUGGGUCAAAAUUGCUCAUGUUAUGUUACUUCUGCAAUAUUGAAGCUAGCAAUUUUAUAUUUGACAUGCAUGUGUAUCUCAUGGAGCUGCACAUUUUGAGUGGUGAAGGGUCAAGGUCAUCCUUCAAGGUCAAACGUUAUAUACGGGGACAUUGGGUUUCACAAACGCAUCUUGUUGUGUAUGUAAUUAAUUUUGCUUAAUUUUUGUGAUCCCCCGCCAACAGCGGAGGGAUAUUAAUUUGGCAUUGUCCGUCUUUCCGUCUGUCCGUCCGGCACUUUUGUGUCCGGAACCAUAUUUUGGAAGUGCUUUGGCAGAUUUCAUUGAAACUUGGUAUGAGUAUAUAUAUAUAUGGAUAAGAGGAUGAUGCACGCCAAAUGGCAUUGUACAUCCUUGAAUAAUAGCGGAGUUAUGACCCUUUGUAUUUGAAAAAAAUGCUUUUUUUGUGUGUCCAGAGCCAUAACUUGUAUCCAUAAGUAUAAUGGCGGGGGAUAUCGAUUCAACGAAUUUGCUUGUUAAAUCAGUUUUUAUUUUCAUGAUAAUCAUUUAGUUCGUACUGCAACUUAUGAUGGAUUGUUACUACUAUCUCCAAUUAUUUGUUUGUCAUGGGUCCGUCACCAUUUAUCUCUUAUAUAAUACUUGAAUUGAGCAUUUCACAAUCUGACAAUCAUGCAUAUCAUUUAUUAGUUUCAUAAUAAAACGUCUGACAAGGGUCAGAUAAUUUUAA